UUAAAUUAAACUAUUUUUUUAAAAUUAUGAUAUGAAAUUCAAUUGAACAUCUGGGUAUCAACAACUAUUAUGUAUUUUUAAGUUAAGGUUACAUAUGUACUGUUUAUUGCAGCAUCGAUAAACUAAAGUUUCACAUUAUUUUUCUAAGAACACGGCUCUCGACCCUGCUGUUUUCUAGGUAGAUUAUCUUUCAUUUUUUCAUGAUCAGAUUGUCACCACAUUUUCAUAGUUUAAUUUAGUAUCUGAGAUAUUUUAAUUUAUAAUGUCAACGAGCCCUCAAUCACAAAGUAGCAGAGCGAAUCAAGAAAUGAUGAACCAAGCGAGAAGAAAAGCGGAGUUCACUUCAGAUCCGCUCGAGAAGUUGCGUCUUCUUUGCUUGUCCAAGGGAUCCGAGGGUGUUCUCGAGUUCGGUAGAGUGUUCAGAAGAAAAGAAAGUGAUGAUUUAAGUUUAGAGGAAUUUACAGAAGCUAUUAGAGACACGGGUCACCAGUUGACUAAAGACCAGAUAGAGGCUAUAUUUCAGGCUUUCGACACGGAAGGUUCAGGAAACAUGAGCACUACUGAAUUCAUCGCCGCGAUGAGGCCCAAUAUGUCCGACACUAGGAAGAAGUCGAUAAAUGAGGCCUUUGAUAAGUGCGACAAGGCUAAAGCUGGAGUUAUCACGUUAGAAGAAUUGCGUGGGAUAUGCAGUGUUCGGGCUCAUCCGAAGUACAGAAGCGGUGAAAUGACCGAAGAUGAGAUCUUGCAAAAGUUCAUGACUAACUUCGAGAAAGGAAGCAUCGAUGGAAAGAUAACAAGAGAAGAGUUCUUCAACUACUACGCUGGCGUCAGCGCCUCUAUCGACACUGAUGCCUACUUCGACCUCAUGUUGCGGCAGGCAUACCGAUUGUGAAUAUCUAUUACACAGUAUUUCAUCGGAGAGUUUCGGAUUUUUUCUGAUGUAGAUUGAUAAAACCUUCUACAGUAGAUCAAAUGAAAUAAUAAAAUAAAAACCUCUUCUGAAA